AUGGCUGCCACUCACAAUGUGACUGAAUUCCUUUUCCUGGGACUUUCUUCCAAUCCAGAGGUGCAGAAAGUUUGCUUUGUGAUAUUUUUGCUCCUGUACACAGCGAUUGUGCUGGGGAACCUCCUCAUUGUGCUCACAGUCACAACCAGCAGAAGUCUCUCCUCCCCCAUGUACUUCCUUCUCAGUUACCUGUCCUUCGUGGAGAUUUGCUACUCUUCUACCACGGCCCCUAAACUUAUCUUGGAUCUCCUGGCUGAGAGGAAAGUCAUAUCUCUGUGGGGCUGCAUGACACAGCUUUUCUUCAUCCACUUCUUUGGUGGCACCGAGAUUUUUCUGCUCACUGUGAUGGCCUACGACCGCUACGUGGCCAUCUGCAAGCCCCUCAACUACACGAGCAUCAUGAACCGGCAAGUGUGUGGUGUCUUGGUGGGAGCUGCAUGGGUAGGGGGCUUUGUACACUCCUUUGCUCAAAUCCUUCUUAUCUUUCACUUGCCCUUCUGUGGUCCCAAUGUGAUGGACCACUAUUUUUGUGACCUGCUUCCUCUGCUCAAACUUGCCUGCUCUGACACCUUCCUCAUUGGUCUGCUGAUUGUGGCCAAUGGAGGGACUCUGUCGGUGAUCAGCUUCGUGGUUCUCGUAGCCUCUUAUGUCGUUAUCCUCUUCCAUCUGAGGACACAAAGCGCUGAGGGACGGCGCAAGGCACUCUCGACCUGUGGGUCACAUAUUACUGUGGUCCUCUUAUUCUUCGGACCGUGUAUCUUCAUCUACCUGAGGCCGUCUGACACUUUGUCUGUGGACAAGAUGGUGGCCAUAUUCUACACAGUGAUCACCCCUCUUCUCAACCCUGUCAUUUACUCCUUGAGAAAUACUGAAGUGAAGAAGGCCAUGAAAAAAUUGUGGAUCAGGGCUAUGAAACUAGAUGAGAAAUAG